AUGAAACUAUUAUGUAUAAUUCUACUAAUAUCAGGGUGUCUGGCGCAGCCGGAUCUUGAAAAAAUCCGCAAAAAAUUGGCCACGAAAAAACUGGAUUUGGAUCAACUUCGAAGCUCAUCCCCUAUCGAUGAGAAGAAUAUGACAAGACUUUUACGAGUGGACUACUGGUUCCGAACCGAAUCGGUAUUAUACGAUCAUUUGAAAAAUAAGGCCGAUGCACCAUCGACAGUGAUCGCCGGCAAUUUUUCGUUUGAAACACUUCAUCACGAUCUAGAUGGAAGGAUGCUGGCGAAAUUUGAGCUGACUCAAUGCAAUACGAACAAUUGCGGAAAUCCGCCGCCGGUGAUUGUCGCGUUCACACAAGGCGGAAAUAAUAUUGAGCAUGUGCUUGUUAAUUUGGAAGCUGCUGGUCAAACCGAAGCCUCAUGGAAUUUUUUGUUCGGCAUCGUGAACGCGAUCUACACGCCUGCCGAGUAUGGCGAAGGUGAUGAGCAGACGGUGAAUACUGUCUACGGACGAUGUCGGGUGCACUUUGGACGGCCCGAAGACAAACGAUUCAGGCGAAUCAUCGAUAACUGCGAUAUUGGAUAUGGACAGAAUUUCUCCCGAUUCGAUGGGCUCGACAACGUUCACUACAAUCAGGACGCGUGGUACACGCAGAACACCAAAGUCGACGCUGAUAUCAUAAUGAUCGACGCGAUCGAAUCGAUAUCCGUUCGAUCGCCGAUCCAUCACGAGCACGGAUUCGCGCUCGAGAGUCGAACACAUGUGGAGAUCACGAAUCGCACGCGGCUGUUCAUUGAGAGGAAAUGCGGCAACGAUUUGACGGUGAAACAGUGCGCCGAACAAGGACACGGCGCCGUUGAAGUCGGCAAGCGAUUAUACGAAAAUGUGCGAAUCGGAUUGAAAUUGAAUGGCGGAAGGCUCGAGAAGCUUCUUGAUGAAUAUGGAAGGGAGGAGAAGCUGGCGAAGAGGGCAUCGAUCUACUCGCAAAUUGUCCAGGUUGCGAGAAAAACGACGAGCGACGAAUGGAAGGCGGCGAUCAAGAGCCAAUCGCAAUAUUUACCGGUGAUCGCCAAUGCGCUUGGAAGUUGUGGAACGGUGGAUUCGGUCGAAAUCGCCAGGAAUGUUCUACCACUCGACUCGCUUGAUGAUUUUCUGUUCGGCGUCGCAAAUUCACCAUCGAGAAACGAGAAAUGGCACAAACAGCUGAUGUACAUGAUGAUUGAGCAGAAGAGCGAUGAGAGGUAUUGGAAAAUCGCCAACACGAUUGCGACGGUGCUCAGAAAACGGUGCGAAGCGACGACGAGCGCCAGAAAUUCGUGUAAUAAUGGAAAAGAAGCGAUUGUUAAUAAAUUCGUCGCCGAUCUUCUCAAGAAGGCAACAAGUGAUGAGCAUCUGGAAAUUGUCUUCGAGAUUCUUCGCAACAUCCCAAUUUCGAAAAGCUACCAACUGGCAAAAGAGAAUAUUUGCACUGGAAAAUCUCAAAAAAUUCAAAUCGCCGCCUUGAAAACGAUAUUCGCUGCUAGAAAGGAGUUGUAUGAAUCGCAGUUGAUUCAAAAGCUCAUUAGAUUGUUCCGAAAUACAUGUCCGACGGAGACGUCGACAACCGAAUCGCAAUUGGCAAUUGAUAUUCUAAUUCGUUGUGUGCCGGACCAUCAAAAUGCGGCCACAUUGAUCCUUAGAACGGAAUCUUUGAAUCCUGAUGAUCAGGAGAAAUGGAAUUACCUUUAUUCGGCGAUUCGAUCAAGCUCGGAAAGAGAUGAGCUGAAGGAAGAAUUCUGGAAACGAAUGCGGCAAUUCAAAGUGUUCCGUCCGAAUUAUGCACAUCGCGCGCUUCAAGCCGAUUCUCAUGCGCAUUGGCAGCAGAUCGCCGAAGCUGCCGGUUUCAAGCUGUUCGCUGAGAGCUCGACGGAAUUUGGAUCGAAGCUAUUCAAGCGAUCCAGUUUUCGAUUGAAUUCGAAAAAGGGAAAACUCGAGGAGGAGCUAUUCGCGUUGGACAUCCACACGGACAACUUGGAGCAGUUUGUUUCGGAUAAGGAAGGAUCGGGUGAUCCGCACGCUAAAAUUCGCCUAGGACUCCUUGGACAUCAUCUUCCGGCCUAUAACGUUUUCAAUAGCAAUGCGGAUUUGCUGGCGACGUUUUGGAACGCUGGCGGCGAAAAAAUCAAAGCGUUUGAGGGCAACGUUCCGCUUCGCGAUUAUUCGUUGAAGUUCCCACUACUAUCGGGUCUAACAGCGAAUGUUGAUGGCGCAGGAGCUUUGGGAAUUCAAGUAUCCGCUGCCACUGAAGUAUCACUUUGGAAUAUGCAAUCUGCCGGUGAAUUAGACAUCAAGGUUUCUGGUUUCCUUAGUGUAACCACUACUAUGUCUCAUCAUUCUGUUGAAGUUCAUCGAAUCACUUCAACCAUUUCUGCGAAUUCUGGAUUUUUGACGCACACAGAAGCCACAUUUUCUUCCCUUCCUUAUCAUUAUUGUCUUACUACUGAACAAGAUGAGACGUCAUUGAGGCAAAUUACAAUUGAGGAGAUUAUGGAAGGCAAAAAAUCGAAGAAAACGAAAACUAGAACGAAACAUUUGAAGCCGAAAACAUUCCGUUUGGAUUCGGCCACUACACAACAAUGCAAUUUGUAUUACAAGGAACUUACUGCGUAA